CAUAUACAAUAUUAAAAUUAAGCAAUUUCAUUCAUUAGCAAAAAUUAAUUUUUUUUUUUUAAGAAAAUGAAUAAUUCUAGCAACCUAAAAUUGCUAAUAUCUCCUUUCAUCAUCACCCUCCUUUUCCUAUACAUAACAAACACAACCCACGCCAGCGGCCAAUGCAACACCACACAAUGCGAAAAAAGCUUCGUCACAAUCGAAUUCCCCUUCUAUCUAAAAAACACUCAGCCGGAAUCAUGCGGCAUUCCCGGGUUCGAACUCCAAUGCAACAAAUCAACAACCAUAUUCAAUCUCCCGAUCGCCGGAAACUUCACCGUCAAUGACAUAAACUACCACUCCAGAGAAAUAAAACUCAGUGAUCCAAACAAUUGUCUUCCAAAAAAGUUACUAUCCCUUGACCUAAACAAUAUUACUAAAACCCCGUUCCGGCCACCGGAAGAAAGUUUGCAGUUUACGCUGUAUAACUGUACCGGCGAUCGUUUUCCGUUGAAUUAUGUAAUUGAUUGUCUAAGUGGGUCGGGUUAUACGGUUGUGAGUGGUAAUUCGGGGAUAUUUAUUAAUGUUACUGAUUACUCUAAUUGUACUUAUGCACGGAAUGUUACGCUACCGUCGUCGUUAGGGAAGGUGUUUUCUGAUCUUCAGUUGAGGUAUGCUUCGGGGUUUACACUUACUUGGGAUAAGCAGAGGUGCAACAAUAAGUCAUGUAAGGACUCGUCGCACACUGCGCGAGAUGCAGGCAUAUCUGUGGUGGUAGUAAUAGUGUUUAUGUUAAUGUUGUGCUAUUUUUGCCAACCAGCACAAAAAUGGAUUCUUAUCAAAAGAUAAAACACACUACUUCUUGCUAUGUCUUUGAUCGAUUGCAUGCCCGGAUUCUUAAGCUUCAUCGGCCGUCGCUUUCGUGCUCGUCGUAUUCAACUAUUCAUCCCAAUCGCACACUUACAGUGGGCCAUCAGAACGCAACCAUUAAUAUCUUUAAUUUUCAACUGUUUUUAAACUUUUUGUUAGAGACUAAAUUUUUAUGUAUCUUUAACCAUUUAAACGAACUUUGCGGCCUUGCCUACUUGUUUGUCAAAUUUUUAAAUGGAUCUAGUUCACACUAAAUUUAUUGUGGAACUCGUCAACAACUUGUUCCUAAUUUGUUUUGGCAUGUUUAUUAGGAUUAUUAUAUAAAAAAAAUAUCAAAUAGGUGUCUUUGAUACAUGUUGUGCUUGAAUAAUGUGAUUUUAAGUCACAGUUAUUUUUUUAAAACAUAGGGUUACUAUGAUUCAAAACAUAGUUAUUAUAUCAAAGAAAUUUGAUGUUUAAUUUAUUAUAGUCACUAUAUAAACAAUAAAUGUUCUUAUGUAUGU